AUGUCGUAUCAAACCAAUCUCUUCAUCAACAACGAAUAUGUCCCGUCAUCAACUGGGGAAACCAUCUCCGUGUACAACCCCAGUGAUGACUCGUUAGUCUCAGACAAGAUACAAGUCGCAUCAGAAGCCGAUGUUGACCGCGCGGUGGCUGCUGCGAAAGCUGCAUUUCCUGUAUGGUCGUCCAUGCCUGGAGCCCAAAGAGCGGCUAUUAUGCUCAAAUUUGCGGACUUGCUUGAGGCCCACGCCGAACGACUUGGCAAGCUUGAAAGUGUCUGCAUGGGCCAACCGAUCUCAGUCGCAACCCUGUUUGCACAGGGUCCACCCGGUGUGUGGAGAUACUACGCCGGCUUUGCUGGGAAGAUAGCAGGAGAAAGCUAUCCUCCUGAAGGCGACGGAUCAUACAAGAUCGUGGCGUACGAACCAUUAGGAGUUUGCUCUGGAAUCGCUGCAUGGAACUCGACUUACACACUUGCUGCGUGGAAGAUGGCACCUGCACUAGCUGCUGGGAAUACAUUCGUCUUUAAAUCCUCCGAAAAGGCACCACUGGGAGCCUUGGCUUAUGGCGACUUGAUCAAGGAAGCUGGAUUUCCACCAGGAGUAAUCAAUCUUUUGACUGGGGCCGGUCCAGUUGGCUCUAUGCUAGCGUCUCACAUGGACAUCGCAAAAAUUGCAUUCACAGGGUCAGCUGCGGUUGGUCGCGCUGUCCAAAUAGCGGCAGCUAAAUCUAACUUGAAGCAUGUUUCUCUUGAACUGGGAGGAAAAUCGCCCGCUUUGAUCUUCGACGAUGCCAACCUUGACAACGCCAUCCUGCAUAAUUCGGAAGGCUUCCUGCGUAAUUCGGGUCAAAUUUGCUUUGCAUCUUCCAGAGUAUUGGUCCAAGAAGGUAUUGCACCUAAAUUCAUUGAGGGCGUCAAGAGAGCGUUCGAGGAUGCCUCGAAAAAGAUGGGUGACACUUCUUUGAAAGAAACUGCUUUCGGACCUUUGGCUGACAAGAAGCAAUUCGAACGGGUGAUGGGAUUCUUGAAGGAUGGAAAAGCGGAAGGAAUUGAAGUACUUACUGGCGGUGACGCUCUGGGUGACAAGGGCGCAUUCGUUCAACCUACAAUACUUCUGAACCCGGAUGUUAAAAGUCGUGUCUUUACUGAUGAGAUAUUCGGCCCGGUCAUUGCUAUCAAGACAUUUAAAACUGAGGAGGAGGCUCUUCACUUGGCUAAUGACACUACCUAUGGUCUUGGAUCAUCGAUAUUCACGUCAGACAUUCCUCGAGCUUUGCGGGUUGCGAGCAAGAUUGAGGCUGGAGCAGUCGGCAUCAACCAAGCAUUUAAGGCAUCACCACAGGUACCGUUCGGUGGAGUCAAGCAAAGCGGGAUAGGCAGGGAAUGUGGUUAUGAAGGUUUAAAGGGCUAUCUGCAUGCAAAGACGAUGUUGAUCAACAUGAACGUCUAA